AUGAAUUCUGUGUGCGGAGUUUGUCGUAAGAAGGUGGACUGGACUUGUGGUGGGUUUUCUUGUCAGAGGUGUCCUGGCUAUGUCGUUCAUUCUAGAUGUGCUACCAGAGAAGAUGUGUGGAACGGGGAAGAACUCGAAGAAGUACCUGAAGAAGAAGAAGAUAUAGAACCAUAUGUGGUGAUAGAUGACAACACAAUACAACAUUUCAGCCAAAAAGAGCAUUACCUAAGACGAAUCCAUGGGAAUGGUGUUCUGUACGAGGAGAACAAGUGGUGCAGCGCAUGCACCCAUCCCAUCGGUCUCCAAUCCUUUUAUGGAUGUAUGGAUUGUGAUUUUUCUCUCCAUCAGAGCUGUGCUGAAUGUCCUAAAAGGAGAAGACAUGUGCUACACAAUGAUCGGCUCACUUUAGUUACAAGCAAGGAGCCAAAAGGCUUCAUUUGUCAUGCUUGCUUUCGAAGGUACAAUGGUUUCAUGUACAAGCAUGGGCAUAGGAUGCUAGAUGUGCAGUGUGGUUCAAUUUCUGAGCCAUUUUUUCAUCCAAGUCAUCCUCAGCAUCCCUUAUAUUACAUUCCAACAAUCAAAGACGGAGUAUGCAAUGGUUGCAACGUCCAGGACUAUCGUGUGCUUAGGUGUAUUGAAGUUUGUCGUAAGAAGGUGGACUGGACUUGUUGUGGGUUUUCUUGUCAGAGGUGUCCUGGCUAUGUCGUUCAUUCUAGAUGUGCUACCAGAGAAGAUGUGUGGAACGGGGAAGAACUCGAAGAAGUACCUGAAGAAGAAGAAGAUAUAGAACCAUAUGUGGUGAUAGAUGACAACACAAUACAACAUUUCAGCCACAAAGAGCAUUACCUAAGACGAAUCCAUGGGAAUGGUGUUAUGUACGAGGAGAACAAGUGGUGCAGCGCAUGCACCCAUCCCAUCGGUCUCCAAUCCUUUUAUGGAUGUAUGGAUUGUGAUUUUUCUCUCCAUCAGAGCUGUGCUGAAUGUCCUAAAAGGAGAAGACAUGUGCUACACAAUGAUCAGCUCGUUUUAGUUACAAACAAGGAGCCAAAGGCUUCAUUUGUCAUGCUUGCUUUCGAAGGUGAUUGUGGAUUUGUAUUGGGGUUCUACUGCACCACUCUACCACAAGUGGUAAAGCACAUAGUUGACAAUCAUCCUCUUUCACUAUACUAUGGCGAAGAAGAAGAAGAAGCAAGUGGUAAAUACUGGUGUGACAUCUGUGAGAAAGAAACUAAUCCAAAGAACUGGUUCUACACUUGUAAAGAUCAACAAGCUAGUUUGCAUACAAAUUGUGUGCUCGGAAGAGAUCUACAGCUCAUGCCAAGAAGCAUUGCAAAGUUUAAGGACGAAUCGUUUGAAGUGGUGCUCAAUAAUAGUGUAACUCGCCCAAUUUGCAGCAAGUGUAAGUCUCGUUGCAUGUACCCUAUCAACUUCAAGUUGCUUGGAACCUCAGCGACAUACUUUUGCUCUACUAGUUGCACUAUUUAUUAUGCGUGGAAGGUUUAGCGAAAUAAAGUAGGCACUUCAUAGGUAACAAAAGCAUCAGUACACUUUACAUUGAGAAAUAAAAAAUAUCUUAGCUAGUUUGUUUCUCUGUUGUGUAUACGUCUCCGUUUUAUUAUUACCGCAACAAAUAUCCGGUGAACUACUUGCUCUAGGGGAUCUUCACUUUGGUUCAGCUUUUGUAUUGGGGUUGACAUGUGCCUUGUUUGAUGCUCUUAUUAUUGCUUCGCCAUAAUACAAGUAACGUCCAUUUCACCAUGCGCAUUAGUAAUGCGGCAUUACAGAUAUUGAGAGUUUAAUUUUAGAGUUUAG